AGGCGCCUGGUGAAGUCGCUGGAGGACCUGUGUUCCCAGUAUGAUCUGACGGUACGGAGCUCCACUGGUGACAUCAUCCAGUUUGUCUACGGGGGGGACGGCCUGGACCCGGCCGCCAUGGAGGGGAAAGAUGAGCCGUUGGAGUUCAACAGAGUCCUGGACAACAUCCGGUCUGUCCACACGUGUUCAGAGCAGCCAGCCCUGAGUAAGAAUGAGUUGGUCCUGACAGCAGAGUCCAUCAUGAAGAGGAGUGACUUCAAGUGCUGCCGAGACAGCUUCCUCGAGGUAAAUAACUAUCACUUAUCCACUUGUCUGCUUCUAUGUCUUGCAUUCAAAAUGGCACCCUAUUCCCUACAUAGUGCACUUUAACCAGAGCCCUGGUCU